UAUCAUCAGUCCACUGUGGGUCUCCUUACUAGUAGCUUUAAAAUGAAAACUUCAAUAUUUUUUACCGCUUUGGUUUUUUUUCUAAACAAAACAAAUGCAAAAAUAUCAGGGGGUGAUUAUUUGGAUGCUCUGGAUCGUGAUUUACACCAACGUGUUCUAGAUCCAGAACAAUGCCAAAAUCAAUUGCAAUACAUCCGUAGAUCUGAUCCAUUUCUUUCUGCACAGUUUGUGGAUGCCGGUUUAAGAAUUCCAAAAGGAAUUUUACAAGGAAAUCUUAAAGAUUAUGGGAACUAUCACCAAUGCCUUGGUAUACACCAAGAUGUAUCAGAGGAUAUGCAAAUACAAGGAAAAUUUUGUUUAAUAUCCGUACCAGUUAAUUUAAAUUCAAGAAAAAAUCCACAAUCGACAUUAGAAUUUGAUCCAAGCCUAUUACAAUUACCUCUACAAACUAAAAGGAAGCUUGAAGAAAGAAAUAUGUAUCUGGACAAAAUGCGUUCCAUAUUCGGCAAUACAAUAGAAUAUCAGAGGAUGGAUCCAAAUAAUACACUGCCUGAUAUUGAUUUUCAACUUGGUAUAUGUAUACCAAAAGUAUGUACAACAGAAGAAGCGCUAUUAUUUAACUUAUUUAAUUACACAUUAGAACAUUCUAAUAUGUACUGUCGCCUUCCAAACGAUAAACACUGGAUUACUGCCGAUUAUAUUGCUAUAGUUAUCUUUUCUCUACUUGGUUUGUUGAUUAUAUUGAGUACUAGCUACGAUGUAUAUUACACAGUUUUCUCUAAAAAAGAUCCCAAAAAUAUGAACGUUCUCCUAAGUGCAUUUUCGGCGUACACCAAUACUAAACGCGUUAUAUCAACUAAGCCUCAACCAGGUAUUAUCGAAUGUCUGGAUGGUAUACGAUCGCUAGCACUAUUUUGGGUGGUGUUUGGACACGUUUUCUUCAUAUUUAAUUUUUUUCCCGCAAAUACGAUAGAAACGAUGGAAUGGUCAUUAUCUUACGAUUCAAUAAUGAUACGGACGGCUCUCCUUUCGGUUGACACUUUCUUUUUGAUGAGUGGAAUUCUUUUAGUGUACACUACUGCUCAUAAACUAACUGGAUGUCAAUUGCUGAAAAAUAUUGUGCCUUUUUACCUUAACCGUUUGCUUCGUAUGUUUCCUGUAUUGGCCUUUGUAAUUUUGUUCCAAGUGUCUAUAUAUAAUCGUAUAGGAGACGGUCCUAUGUGGACAGUUGUUUUACGCCACGUCCAGAACUGUAGAACAGUAUGGUGGUCAACUUUACUACAUUUACAAAACUUCCUCAAUCCCGAAGAAUCUUGCAUUCCUGUGACAUGGUAUCUAGCAAUUGAUGUGCAAUUACAUAUUCUUUCGCCAAUCGUUCUGUUUUGGGUUUUGGGCAGAGAAAGACGACUAGCGUGGUCAGCUCUGUUUCUUGCUCUAUUUUUGUCUCUGACUGCUUCUACAGCUUAUAUUUUUGCAAAUACUUUCUCAGAUGAAGGUUUGAAUUACUUCGUUUAUGUUUAUGUCAAUAUUUUAACAAGAGCCCCUCCUUUCUUUGUGGGAAUGGUGUUUGGAUAUGCUCUUCAUUUGGCACGAGAAAAAAAAAAGAAAAUGCCGAUGCAUUUGCAUGUCGCUUUAACUGCAUUUUCUAUUUCACUCUUGGCCCUUAUCCUAUACUGCCAUGAUAAGCGUGAUGAUCCAAACUUUGAUAACCAAAUUGUUAAAGAUCUUUUUCAAUCAUUUUUACGACCAUUUUGGGCUGCCGGUCUUGGUUGGAUUAUUUAUGCUUGCUAUAAUGGCUAUGCAGGCCCAAUCAACUGGUUACUUAGCUUGAACCUUUGGAAAAUCCCAUCUCGGAUAUCUUAUGCAAUGUACCUGUCACACUUGUCACUAAUCUUGGUGAUUUACUCAAAUGCUUUACAGCCACUGUACUUUUCAGUUCAAAGGGUGAUGUUUGAUGCCAUGGGAUUCAUAGCAAUAGCACUGGUUACUUCAUUUUUGAUCACAAUAUUUGUUGACUUACCGUUUUCAAACCUGAUUAAGCUAUGCCUCUCAUUGAUUACAAGAAAGAGGACAAACCAAAAUGGCGUUAGUAAUGUACAAAUUACAAAUGGCAAUUUACCGACCCAUCAAAUUCCAGAAAAGAAACAAGAUUCAUAAUGAAAUGCUACAAGCUAUUAUUACAAAUUAAAUGUACAAAAUGUGAAGUUCUGUUAGUGAAAAGUCCUUAUUUAUAUGCAUUAUAAUUAUAUUCUGA